AUGUUCUGGCACCUGGACCCGAACUCGCACAAUCCCGACAGGAAUGGCUUGCAGACGAUCUCGCUCUUCCGCACGGCGCCCUUGGGAGGGCCUGCCGCCUGCCACAGCCAGACAGUGAACCUCCCGCUCACGCCACAACCAACCGCCCCGCCUGAUUCGCAGCGGCUGAGCGCCGAGCGCCGGCUCAAGCUGCACCGAGACCUCGACGCAGUCCUCCUCUCCUCGCUCGACGCCGCUGCGGUCGCCGGGCUGCCAGGCCUGCUGCUCAGCCUGGCGCACGCUGGUGUGAGGCGGCUCGUCGUCUUUGGUCCGGACGGCGUCCAGGCCUAUGUGGCCUCACUGAGCCUCUUUGCGCGCCUCGAGCCGCUGGUGGUGGAGGCGAACCGGGCGACUGCGGUCGCGAUCGACGGCGGCCUGGCGCUCACGUGGCACGCGGGCGGCGGCGUCGAACUGCGGCUCUGCUCCCUGCCGCUCGACGGGUGGCUCGCUGACGUUCCCACCGACACCGAAUCGGUGCCGGCUGCGAAACGUCGCCGCGUCGGCAGCGCCGCCGAGCGCGGCAGCGGCAGCGAGGGCGACGGCGGCCGUGGUGGUAAUAGUGGCAGCAGCAGCAGCAGCAGCAGCAGCAGCAGCAGCAGCAGCAGCAGCAGCAGUGGGGACAGCGACGGGGGCAGCAGCGCUGGUGGAAAAGCAAUGAGCAACGAGGCCUCGGGUGGCGCCGAAGGCGGCGGCCGCGACGACGACGGCGGCGACAGCGACGAGGGGAGCGACAGCAGCAGCAGCGACGACAGCAGCAGCACCAGUGACGAUGGCGACAGCGGCGAUGGUGAGAGCGGCGAUGGCGGCGGCGGCGGCGGCGACGAGAAGGGAGCUGUCGACGAGGCGGCGGUCUUCGAGAUACUCGUGCAGCACGGCGGCGGCGGACUCUCGGCGCUGCUGCCGGACUCGGCCCUCGCCGCGGGACGGCUCGCGGCAGUGACGCGCCUCGCCUUCCUCGUCGACGGGUGUGUCUUGCUGCGGGCGGACGCCCUUCCCCCAGCCGACGGGGCCAUCGCUUUUGGCCGGUCGGCGCGGCAGCAGAGGGCGCUGCGUCUUGCUGCUGGGCCGCACCUCUACCCUCCGUUUGGGGCGGCCGAGGGCGCCGAGGGCGGAGGGGUCGCUGGCGGCGAGGCGGCCUUGUCGCUGCCGCCGUCACUGAGCACAGCGCCACCGAUGACUCGCUUUGAGGUGCGGGCGUUGUGCGCGGGCGGCGCGUUCGUUGUGGGGGACGGGGCGACGCCGGAGGAGGAGGGGGAGGAGGAGGGGAAGGAGGAGGGGAAGGAGGAGGGGGAGGAGGAGGGGGAGGAGGAGGGGGAGGAGGAGGGGAAGGAGGAGGCCGCUUGUGCGGUGACGUCGGUGCCGCUGAAGGCCGAGGCGACCCCGCGCGACGCGACUCCUCGGCUCGAGCCGCCGCCUCCGCAGCGAGAGCUGCUCGCGUGUUUCCUCGGCACCGGCUGCGCGGCGCCCUCGACGUACCGCGCGCCCGCCGCCAUCUACCUCCACGCCUUUGAGCGCGGCGGGCUCCUGCUCGACGCGGGGGAGGGGUGCCUCGGCCAGCUCGGCCGCACCUUUGGCACGGCCGGCACCGCCGCAGUGCUCCGGCGCCUCACCGCAGUGUGGAUCUCGCACGCCCACGCGGACCACCACCUCGGCCUGCCGACGCUGCUCGCCGCCGUUGAGCGCGCACGCACGCCGCCAGCUCUGCCGCUUGGCGCGCGGCACGCCACGCCUCCUUUGCUCGUGAUCGGGCCUCACGCCAUCGGCCGGUGGCUGGAGCGGUACCAGGCCCGUGCGGGCGCCACCCUCCUCAUCCACGAGGCCACCUUCAGCGCCGAGCAGUCCGCCAUGGCGCUCCGCAAGCGGCACAGCUCCACCUCCGAGGCGCUCGGCGUCGCCGCCGCGAUGGGCGCCUACCGCACCGCGUCGGCAGCGUGGGCGAGCAGCUCGUCCAUCGUCGCCUACGACGGCCUCACCCUCAACCUGGCGGACCUGCCGCGGUGCACUGCCGCCGCGCCGCCCAUCGAGCGCUUCUUCAAGGCCGUCGCCGCCCGAGAGGCGACGGCGGCCGCCGCGGAGAGCGCGAGGCUGGCGGCGAGGUCCGUCUCGAUCGAGACGUCGCUCGAGGUGCAGAGGGCCAGGGCGGCGGCAGAGGCGGCGGGUGGACGCGCGCGGGCGGUCGGCGAGGCGGAGGUGGCUGGCGCGGGAGGGCCGGCGCGGGCCGCAGCGGAGGCGGAGGCGGAGGAGGGCGCGAUGGAGGCGGAGCAGGAGCCGGAGCCCGAGGCGGCGGCGGAGGCGGGGUCGGAGGCGGCGGCGGCGGGGCAGCCGAGGCGGCCACUGAAGCAUCGUCGCACCUCCGCUGCGCAGGGCGCGGCGCAGCUGGUGGCGGACGUCGAGGCGCUGGCGAGGGAGGGCGCCGACCGCGACUCGGCUGUGCGGAGCUGCGCCGCCACGCUCGACUGCAGCUUGCCCGCCCACCGCCCAGGGCAUCAAAUAUUUCAAAUGUCUAAGACGGAGAGCAUCUUUGCUGGAAAAUGUGUCACACCCGGCCCAGCCGCACUUCUCCUCACCCGUCCGGAGCUCGACCUGAUGCUGCGCCUGCUCAAGUGCGAGUCGCGCCAGAAGAUGCUCGAUGUCAGUCAGGGGCAGCGCCUGACAUAA